AUGACCUCCUCUGCGAGGGCAGUGCUGUCCGACGACGUGGAUGCGGACGCCUUCAAGCGGCUGUACCCCGACCAGUACUACGACCGAUUCCUCGCCGAGGGCGUCCGUCCCGACGGCCGACCUCUAGGCCGCGCUCGUGCCGUCACCAUCGGCGCCGGCGCCAUCACCAGCGCCGACGGCUCCGCACUGGUGAAAAUAGGACGCACCACCGUCCUCGGGGGCGUGCGACUUGAAAUCAUUCGGCCUGAUGAGACGGCCCCUUCGCAAGGCCAGCUCGCGCUCAACGUGGAGCUCGCGCCCUUCAGCUCGCAGGACUACCGGCCGGGCCGCCAGCCGGAUCACGUUAGUGCCGUCACGGAAAAGCUUACCUCGGCUCUGCUGACCGGGGGGGAUGCAGUGCAGCUGAGCAGUCUCUGCAUCGCGGAGGGCAAGGCGGCCUGGCGGGCCUCCCUGGACCUGUACGUGCUAGACGCGGACGGAUGUGUAUUGGACACAGCGCUGCUGGCAGCAACAGCAGCGCUGCGCAACACACGCAUUCCGGCGGUGCGGAGUACUCGGGAGGGGCAUUACGUGGCCGUGGGGGCCGGUAGCAGUGGCAGUGGCGGGGCCGGUGGUGAUGGGGGCCUGGUGGCGGGUAGCCCGACAGCGGUGGGCAUGGGACGCUGCCCGCUGGGCCUUACGUGUUGCCUGUACCGGAACUACAUCCUGGUGGACCCCACUGCGGAGGAGGAGCGACUGGCGGCAUGUAGCGUGUCGGUGGUGCUGGACCAGCACGGCCGGCUGCAAGGUGUUUACAAGGCGGGCGGGAAGGUGCUGGCGGACGCGGCCACUCUGGUCAAGUGCACGGAAGCUGCGCGACUGCGGUACCGGGAGCUCAGCGGCCUUCUGGAACAGAGCCUUUCACAGGUGGCGGCGGAGGCGGGCGGAAGGGGUUGA